CCCCCUGCCCUGCCCUUGCUCGGGAGUUCCUGAGUCGUGCUGCGUGGUCGGCGGUAGUGACGCGCAUUGCCUGAGGGAUGGCGGAUACCGGCUUGCGCCGCGUGGUUCCUAGCGACCUUUAUCCCCUCGUGCUCGGCUUUCUGCGUGAUAACCAACUCUCUGAGGUGGCCAAUAAGUUCGCCAAGGCGACAGGCGCUACUCAGCAGGAUGCCAAUGCCUCCUCCCUCUUGGACAUCUAUAGUUUCUGGCUCAACAGGUCUGCAAAAGCCCCAAAACGGAAAUUACAGACCAAUGGACCAGUGGCUAAGAAGGCUAAGAAGGAGACUUCAUCCAGUGACAGCAGUGAGGACAGCAGUGAAGAAGAGGAGGAGAAAACUCCAGGGCCUCCAGCAAAGAAGGCUGCUGUACCUGCUAAGCGAGCCAGUUUGCCUCAGCAUCCUGGAAAGGCCAAAGCUUCAGAGAGCAGCAGUAGUGAAGAAUCCAGUGAUGAGGAGGAAGAAGAGGAUAACAAAAAGAAAAAGCCUGUCCAGAAGGGAGUUAAGCCCCAAGUUAAGGCAGCCAAAGCUCCUCCUAAGAAGGCCAAGAGCUCCGAGUCUGGCUCUGACUCAAGCUCAGAGGAUGAAGCACCGCAGAACCAGAAGCCAAAGACAACACCUGUGGCAGCAAAAGCUCAACCUAAAGCCCUAACCAAAGCAGGUACACCAGCUAGAGCACAACCUAAAGUAGCCAAUGGUAAAGCAGCCAGCAGCGGUAGCAGCAGCAGCAGCAGCAGCAGCAGCAGUGAUGACUCAGAGGAGGAGGAGAAGGCAACAGCCCCUCCGAAGAACACUGUACCUAAAAAGCAAGUUGUGGCCAAGGUACCAGUGAAAGCAACUGUCACUCCUGCCCAGAAGAGUUCUAGCAGUGAAGAUUCUUCCAGUGAGGAGGAGGAAGAACAGACAAAACCCAUGAAGAAAAAGCCAGGUCCCUACAGUUCAGUCCCACCACCUUCUGCUCCUCCACCAAAGAAGUCCUUGGGAACCCAGCCUCCCAAGAAAGCUGCAGAGCAGAAACAGCCCGUGGAAAGCAACGAAGACAGCAGUGAUGAGUCUGAUUCAAGUUCUGAAGAAGAGAAGCCCCCAGCUAAGGCAGUUGUCUCCAAAACACCCACCAAACCAGCCCUAGCAAAGAAGACAGCAGAGAGCUCUUCAGACAGUUCAGACUCUGACAGCUCUAAGGAUGAAAGUCCUGCCAAGCCAGUUAGUACCACCAAGAACUCCCUAAGUAAGCCAGCUGCCAUGCCCAAGCCAUCUGCAGCUAAGGCCUCUGCAGCUCCUAAGCAACCUGUAAGUAGUGGCCAGAAACCGCUGACCAGAAAGGCUGACAGUAGCUCUAGCGAGGAGGAAAGCAGCUCCAGUGAGGAGGAGACUGCAAAGAAACCUCUGAGCACCCCUAAGCAGACCAAGGUGACUCCCAAAGCAGUGCCAUCUGUGCCUGCCAAACAGGCUUCUCAGGGUGGUGAGGACAGCAGCUCCGAUUCAGAGAGUUCCAGCAGUGAGGAGGAGGAGGAGGAGGAGGAAGAGAGGAAGACACCUAAACCCCCAGUUAAGAAGGCAGCAGGAGGUGGAACUCCUUCCAAGUCAGGCGCUGCCAAGAAAAAAGCAGCUGAGAGCAGCAGCAGCUCCUCCUCAGAUGACUCCAGUGAAGAGGAGAAAGAGAAGCCCAAGGGCAAGGCCACUCCCAAACCACAAGCCCUCAAGGCCAAUGGCACCCCUGCUGCUCAGAAUGGAAAAGCUGGUGAGCAGAGUGAGGAGGAGGAGGAGGAAAAGGAGAAGAAAAAGGCAACUGUGUCAGUUUCCAAGCCAGGUUCAGGAAAGAAACGGAAGCAGAAUGAGGCAGCAAAGGAGGCAGAGACUCCUCAAGCUAAGAAACUUAAACUUCAGACUCCCAACACAUUUCCAAAAAGGAAAAAAGGAGGAAAAAGGGCUUCUUCCCCAUUCCGAAGGGUCAGGGAGGAGGAAAUAGAGGUUGAUUCACGAGUGGCAGACAACUCCUUUGACGCCAAGCGAGGUGCAUCUGGAGACUGGGGUGAACGAGCCAAUCAGGUUCUGAAGUUCACCAAAGGCAAGUCCUUCCGGCAUGAGAAAACCAAGAAGAAGCGAGGCAGCUACCGGGGAGGCUCCAUCUCUGUCCAGGUCAAUUCUGUCAAAUUUGACAGUGAGUGACCUGGAAUCGACUUUGGCAAAGUAAGGGUGACAGGAGGUCACUCAGCUCUAAUGAACUCAGAAACUCAGCUUUGGUAGGAAAGGGUCUUGGUAAGGACAGUUUAGAUUAGGUCCCAAGACUCUCUAAACUAUGAUCUCUGGUCCUUUUUGUGUUCCUGCCUGUGAGCAGAUUUGUUUUUGAGUGUUGUGUAUCAGAGACAAAGUAAGAGGAAUGUUGUUUUUUAUGAAACUCCAUUUUAGUUGUCAUUCCCUUCUUCCUGUUCUGUGGAAGUCCUCAUACUGAGAAAUUUGUAUAUUUUAUAUUAAAUCAUUUCAUACUAGUUUUUGUUGUGAUUUUCAGAGAUGAGUUCCACGGCUACAAAGUCUUAGCUGUUGCCUAAGACAUAGUGAACUAUCAAAGGUAGAAUUUUUCUGUUUGGAGGAUUCUACUCACAUGAGUGCACACAUCCAUAUUUUAUCCCUCCUUCCCUCAAAGCUCUGGUAGGGGACAGUUAAAGAAUGGUUGACAACAUCUGUUAAGCACGCCCUAUAUAUAGUUCAUCUCACUGGGUCUGAGACUGAGCUUUCAGAAGCCAAUGUGGAUUUUCUAACUUUGGGGGAUAAAUACUGUUCUUGGAACAUAACAUCCCAUAAAAUUAACAAGCAUAAUUCUAGUGUGGUGUGAAUGCCAUGUAUUGGUCUGAUUGUUUUGUUUUCUGUAAUUUUUAUUACUACUGCAUGUUUGCAGUACGUUUUUAGUUUCAGAACAAGUUUUUCUGCCAUUAAAAGGCAUUUUUCAACAGUUUGACUCUUAACUAUUUUACUAAGUUCAAGACUGUAUUUCCUUAUUUUUAACAUGGUCAUGAGCAAUUCUUGACAUGAAUUUUAUGUGAAAAAUAUAUCAUACUGGGUAUUUCUUUCUCCAUAGCAGUGGUGAAACAGAAUUGGUUUAAUUUCUGCAUGAUUGGGAAUCACUGGUCAAGGAAGUGGAAAUAGCUAAUUAAAACCCUCAGUCCUCAGAAGCAGGUUACAUUGGGUGAAUUUAUAUUUAUAUUUUAUUUACCUGUGGUAAUGGAGAGAACCUUUCUCAUAAAGGAGACUAUCUGAUACGGCUUGAGUAGAGUGGAGCUGGGAGAGCAUCUUAACAGGAUCAUGUUGUAAGGUUGUUACAUGGUAAUUGUGUCUUGUUGAAAUUGGUACACCGGAGUAAUUGGCCCGUGUCCCCUUUAGUAACUUAACAGUAAAUUUAAUGAUAAAACCAGUGAGCAGGCCUGGCAGGCAGAGCUCAGAGAGUACUUGCCUAGCAUUCAGGAUACCCUGAGUUUGAUCCCCAGCAGUGUAAAACAAAAAACUAAAACCAAUCAGUGAGCAGAGAGACUUGAUUCCUAGGCCAAGGGAACAUAUUAUAAGGACAUAGGUUGUGACCAUUGGCAGUGCUCAGCCACAGUGAGGAGGAGGAAGAGUUUCCACAAUCACCAAAUACUCUGUUAAAACCUGGUUCUCUGUGAUGACUGCCUUGAGGAAGGAAAUGUGCUGGUGUCUCCAUGGUCCAAGUUUUGCAUCUUACUACAAAACAAUAAACUGGCUUGUUUCUAA